AUGAACCGGUACGUCUACUUGCAGUCGCGUCUUUCUGAUGUAGGGGGUUCAGGUACAAUUGAAGGUCUAGCACUCGAUAUGCGAAAGGUUGAGCAGGGGAUGAGAUCAAAGGCAUUAGAGCUUAAAACAAGUUCCCUUGCAAAUAUGGACAAGCUGAAACUUCUCCAACUCAAAAACGUGAAACUCACUGGGUGCUACGAAAAUUUUCCAGAGUUUAUAUGGUUGUGCUGGCAUGGAUGUCCUUUGCAAAUAAUGCCCCCUGGGUUAUUGAUGAGCAGCUUGGUCGCUAUAGAUAUGAGUGAUGGUCACUUGGAAAAGUUUGAAGCACCCACGGGACUUAAUUCACUCAAGUACCUAAGUCUUAAAGGUUGUGACAAACUUGUCAGCAUCUGCAAUCUCUACCGGCUCCCUAAACUUGACACUUUGAUCCUCUGGAACUGUAGUAGUCUGACUCAUCUUUGUAAAUCCACAGGCGACCUUGAGUAUCUUGAUUUUUUGGAUUUGACAGGGUGCACUAAACUUUUGAAAUAUGUAAAACAACCUGAAACCAUGAUGGUUCCACAAAAACCAUUGCUUUCCUUACCCCGGUCACUAAUGUUGUUGGAUCUCAUAAACUGUGACAUGGAUCAUAACAAUGAUGUUUAUGUUGCAUUCCAUGCCCGAUCAUUGUUUGUCCUGUGUUUAGCCGUUAAUCCAUUUGAGUACCUGCCCAGUAACAUUAAUCUUAAAAUGCUCCGCAUACUCAACUUGUAUUCUUGUCCAAACCUGAAGUCUAUCUCAUGUAUCCCAAGUACGCUAUUGGAGUUGCAUAUAGAUUGGUGUAUAUCACUGGAGAGAGUAACAUUCCAAUCGGGUCGUUUCACUCUACAGGGGUGUGCUUAUGAGUGUUGUUUCAAACUGUCAGAAAUUCAAGGCCUUUUUAAAUUAGUGUCCGUAGCAGAAACUGAAGAAGCAGAACUUGGUCACAUGCAAUGGAUCAAAGCAUAUGAAGAUCAUAAGGUGGAACUGGUCGGUGACGAGAUUACUAAAGGCAAAAUUUGGCAUACUCAGGUGUUGUAUGAAUAUGGUAUAAUGAGCACCUAUCUGCAAGGCAUAGAUUAUCGAAGCAUGAUGACAUCUGAGUAUACGUCAUCAUCCUUAUUCUUAUUCUUUUGUGUGCCUUUUCAUCAUGAGAAGAACAGGAUCCAAGGAUUAAACGUAAGUUGCUUAUACAGAUUAUCAGGAUCCAAGGAUAAUGAUGAGUUGGGUUUGUUGGCAAAAAUCAGCAACAGAAGCAAGGGUCUUACAUGGGUAUACAACCCUCUAGUGUAUUGCAAACCCAAAGUUGAUGAAGAUGUUGUGUGGUUAAGCUACUGGCCAAUCGGAAACAUAUUAGAUGCUGGUGAUGCAGUCACUGUGGGUAUAAACGCGGAUGAAGCGGUGAUGGUAAGCCAAUGUGGUGCCAGCCUGGUGUAUGUGGAUGAUAGUGAAGAAGAUGAAGAAGAGAACUUUGGGACUAACACUAUGAAAGAGGAAGAAGAGAUUGGAGGAGAUCUGUCUGAAUUCGAGGUGACCACAGGAGGCUACUAUCUUUCCCGCCGUGAUUUAUUUGGUCCGGAAACCUCUUAUUGGUUAAAAUGGUUGUUCGGUGAUAACGUUCACUACACAGAUUCACAUGGAUGGAGGAAAAGUCAUCAGUCGAAGUUAUCUUGGAUGGUGAGAGAUUUUGCAAACACCUUCCUCAGAAUAAUUGAGUUGGGAGUUAGCUUUAACAAUCAAAGUGAAAUCUACACUAUAGAGAAGGCGGUAUCUAGUCUUGUCGGCAUUGAAUCUGUGUCCACUCAAAAAGAUACAGAAAGACUAAUCGUCGUCGGAUGCGUUGAUCCUAUUGAAGUUGUAAGCUGUGUGAGGGAACUUGGCAACAUGGCGGUGAAGGUUUUAUCUGUUAAAUACAAAAUUGAGUAA